ACACAAGAGUGAAUUGUGACCGUCUUCCCUCACUUGUCUCUCUGUUUCGUAAAGGCCAUCAAUUCCCCCCCAUAAUAAUAAUAAUAAUAAAAAACCCAGCGAGGAGGCAACUUGCUCUUCUUCCCCCCUUUCAUCAUCUGUCAGCCCUCAUCACACAGGCAUUAAAUAUUUAAAUAUCUGAUAGGCUUGCUUUGCUUUGCUUUGCUUGGGAUCCAUAAUAUAUCCAUGGAGCAGAAGAGCUUGCUCAUAUCCGCUCUGGGCGUAGGCGUCGGGGUGGGGUUGGGUUUGGCGUCCGGUCCGGCCAUCGGCAGAUGGACGGGAGCUGCAGGCGCCGCCGCCAAUUCAGCUGCCGGCGGCGUUACCGCCGACCAAAUCGAGCUCGAGCUCCGGCGACUUGUCCAGGACGGCAAGGAUGCCGACGUGUCUUUCGAUAACUUCCCUUACUACCUCAGUGAAAGGUUGCGGGAGUUACUGACCAGCGCAGCGUAUGUUCAUCUGAAUCACAUGGAUAUGUCUAGACACACUCAAAAUCUCCCGCCCGCUAGUAGGGCGAUAUUGCUCUCAGGGCCUGCUGAACCUUGCCAGCAAGCUCUUGCAAAGGCUCUUGCUCAUCAUUUCAGGGCAAAAUUACUACUACUUGAUGUAUCCAACUUUUCGCAAAAGGUACAAAGCAAGUAUGGCGGUGGCAUCAAAGGAGAGCCUUCCAUCAAGAGGUCUCUGUCAGAGAUGACACUGGGAUAUGUGUCCAAUCUGCUUGGUUCUUUCUCAAUCCUUCCAGGAAAAGAAGGCUUACUAGUACCUAGGCAAACCAGUGGGGUUGAUAACAAAUCAAGGAAUGCUGAAGCUUCAGAAAACACUCUAAAGCAUCGCAGAAAUGCCUCGAUCUCUUCCGAUAUGAGUACCAUCAGUUCACAAGCCUCAAUUGCUACUUCAGCUCCUAUCAGACGACAUAACAGCUGGACAUUUGAUGAAAAAGUUCUCUUGCAGUCCCUUUACAAGGUUAUGGUUUCGAUCUCAGCAACUGAGUGCAUCAUUCUCUACAUCAGGGAUAUAGAUAGACACCUUCAAUGUCCAAGGUUUCACAAGCUUUUUGAGAGAAUGCUGAAGAAACUAUCAGGACCGGUCUUGGUUCUUGGGUCUCGUAUGAUAGAGCAUAAUGACGAUAGUGGUGAACUUGAUGAGAAAGUCAGUCUAUUGUUUCCAUACAAUGUUGAGAUAAUACCACCUGAAGAUGAGACUCGCCUUAUAAGCUGGAAGUCCCAACUGGAAGAGGAUAUGAAGAAGAUCCAGUUUCAGGACAACAAAAAUCACAUCUCGGCGGUACUUGCUGCAAAUGACAUUGAAUGUGAUGAUCUAGGGUCAAUCAGUCAAGCGCACAUCCUGCUCUUGAGCAACUACAUUGAGGAAAUUGUUGUUUCUGCAAUAUCAUAUCAUCUGAUGCAUAACAAGGAUCUAGAAUAUCGAAAUGGAAAGCUUGUUAUAUCAUCCAAGAGUUUGUCCCGUGGGUUAAGCAUAUUUCACGAAGGAAAGAAUGGGCACAGAGGCUCUCUCAAACUGGAAACAAAUGCUGAUUCAUCAAAGGAUACUGAAGGGGAAAAGUCUGGAGACCCUGAAAGUAAAAGUGAAAUUGAAAAACCAGUGAAAAAGGAUGGUGAAAAUGCGCCUGCAGCAAAUGCCCCUGAAGUUCCUCCUGAUAAUGAAUUUGAAAAGCGGAUUAGACCUGAGGUAAUUCCUGCAAAUGAGAUUGGGGUGACUUUUGAAGAUAUCGGCGCCCUGGAUGAGACCAAGGAAUCACUUCAAGAACUGGUUAUGCUUCCUCUUCGGAGACCUGACCUCUUCAAUGGUGGACUGCUUAAGCCCUGCCGGGGCAUAUUACUGUUUGGUCCUCCCGGUACUGGAAAAACUAUGCUGGCAAAGGCAAUUGCCAAUGAAGCUGGUGCAAGCUUUAUAAAUGUUUCAAUGUCAACCAUCACAUCAAAAUGGUUUGGUGAAGAUGAGAAGACUGUCCGAGCUUUGUUCACUCUUGCAGCCAAAGUUUCUCCCACAAUUAUAUUUGUGGACGAGGUUGAUAGCAUGCUCGGGCAGCGAUCAAGAGUUGGAGAACAUGAAGCCAUGCGAAAAAUUAAGAAUGAAUUCAUGAGUCACUGGGAUGGAUUAUUAACUAAACCUGGCGAGCGCAUACUUGUUCUUGCAGCAACCAAUAGGCCAUUCGACCUUGACGAAGCAAUUAUUAGACGGUUUGAGCGCAGAAUAAUGGUUGGUCUACCAUCAGUCGAGAGCAGAGAAAAGAUCUUGAGAACUCUACUAGCAAAGGAAAAAGUAAAAGACAUUGAUUUCAAAGAGCUUGCAACCAUGACUGAAGGGUAUAGUGGAAGUGAUCUCAAGAAUUUGUGUAUAACAGCGGCUUACCGACCUGUGAGAGAGCUAAUACAGCAAGAGCGGGAGAAGGAUACGGAAAAGAAGCACAAAGCUGAGGAAGGACAAAGUUCAGAAGAUGCCUCUGUCAAGAAGGACCAGCCAGAGGAGAGAGUUAUCACUUUGAGGCCUCUGAACAUGGAAGACAUGAAGCUAGCAAAGAAUCAGGUCGCCGCAAGUUUUGCUUCGGGGGGAUCCAUUAUGGCUGAGCUCAAGCAAUGGAAUGAGCUAUACGGAGAAGGAGGUUCAAGAAAGAAGGAACAGUUGUCUUACUUCUUUUAGGCACGCACUCAUUUAUUGGUGUACCAUUCUUGUGAUGGAGUGAUAUUUAUGAUGGCUACCUGCAUAUAUCCCUUGAAUCUUGGAGGUCCAAUCCCUUUUCACAGGCACCAAAUCCUUGGGUUUUGCAGUUCUAGCAUCAUAGAGAUCUGCUGCAUCCCAUCAUAUUAUGUUGUUUCAUUUCAUUCAUAUGCAUAGUUUAUGCCACUGUACUAUAUUCAAUAGGGAAGUGUAAUUGAUCCCACCAUAUGUAUUUGGAAUUUUAUGAUGUUAAUAGUCUGUUGGGUGUGAAGUCUUCCUAGUCACAAUCUAGUUGAAUUUGCUGGGAAUGUUGUGUGUGAAUCCCAUACAUAUGAAGUUGUGCACUUGUGCUAAUUAAGUGUUGUGUUUUUA